AUGAGUGUAAAGGAAACAGCAAAACAACUCGUAAAGCUAUUAGAGAAGUACCCAAAGGAGAAACUCACAAACUUGUCGUUCAAGGAGGCGCAACUCGAUAGAUUUAGACCAGUUGCUGGAAUCAAGAACCCCGAAAAGAAAGAUGUCAAGUCCAUCGCUGAUAUCGUUGGAAAAGUAAACCCAUACAAGAUCAAGGAGUUAGACGUGAAGAGCGACGAGAACUUUAGUGAAGAGUCACUUCUACAUCAGAUUAAGGCGCUCAAGUCUAUAGAGAGCAAUAAAUACCGGGAUUAUUACAAUCCAACAGAUAAGUUGUUGAAACCUCAGGGAAACCCUCGUUAUUACGAGAGACUGAUUGCUGAGAUCAACGGUGAAGGUAAGGAGAACUUCAUCACAGGUAUGAAGACUGUGAUCCUUGGUAAAUAA